GUUCUUAUCGUUAUCGGACGUGUACUGUACUCCGAGAUAGGUAGCAGCGAUCAAUUAAGGACCCCUACCAACCUCGCCGAUCGCAAAGGCCGCAACGCAAUGUGUUUAAUCUACAUAAUUAAAUCUCGAAACCAUAAUAAAUUAUAAAAUAACUUCAGUAAAUAAGGUCACUUUGCGAUAUGGCAGAUCGCAUAUUAGGGCCUUCAAGAUGGCAAGCAGCAGCAGGAAUUUCAUAAACGUCCACGAGGAAGAAGCCUCGUCUUCUUCCUCGCGAUCCCCCAACGGCCAGCCCCAGCUGACACCGAACGCUACCGACGAUGACGAGAGAGACGAGCUCGAUAAUUUGUUCGAUGACGACGAUGAUGGGGGGGUGCUGGCUGAUGAUGACCCGCUUACCGAUGAAUUGGCGGAGCCGAUGAGUUUUAAAAGAAAGCAAAAACAAUCGGUUUUCUCGCAACCUGGUCGAUUACUUUCCACAUUGACGGGUAACCGCCUCGGAUCCGUCUCGCCGCGAUCGCCGCUUUCUGGAACCGCGACACCGACGAGGCUACAAGGUCUAGAUACGGGACGGUUCGAGGGUACUUCUUCUCCACACGCGCCGAGCGCUCCGAAAGAAGGGACGCCGAUGGAUUGGUACGUCGAGGGUCCGGGGCGAAGAGUAGGAUACGAGGAUCUGACGGCUAUUGAUUGGAUCUUCGAGUACACGAAAGAGCGACAACGGUUACGAGUCCUAUAUUCGAGUGCGACGGGAAUAGUCGGAUAUAUACAACAACUGCUUGAUUCUAGUCAGAUAUGGGUCGUCCUUGUAUUGUCGGGCAUUGCUGUUGGUGCGCUGGCAGCAGGCAUAGAUGUUGCAUCGGACUGGCUAGGAGACAUCAAGACAGGUUAUUGCGCUUCAGGGCCUGAGGGUGGCGCGUUCUAUCUAAAUAAGCAGUUCUGCUGUUGGGGUUACGACCAAGGCGAUAAAUGCUUAGGAUGGAAACCAUGGGCUGCAGCUCUAGGAAUAGGGUCUGCUGGCGGGAAGUGGUUUAUAGAGUACUUCUUUUUCUUGUUAUUUUCCGUGACAUUUGCGCUCUGCGCGGGAUUCCUCGUGAAGGAGUACGCAAUCUAUGCAAAGCAUAGUGGUAUACCCGAAAUCAAGACGGUAUUGGGCGGGUUCGUCAUUCGGCGUUUCUUAGGCUCUUGGACGUUGGCUACGAAGUCAUUAGGAUUGUGCCUUGCUGUCGCAUCCGGUAUGUGGUUAGGAAAAGAAGGCCCCUUAGUCCACGUUGCUUGUUGUUGCGCGAAUUUAUUCAUCAAAUUAUUUCCAAAUAUCAACGCCAAUGAAGCACGAAAACGAGAGGUUCUCUCUGCAGCUGCAGCAUCGGGUAUUUCCGUCGCAUUCGGAUCUCCUAUUGGAGGUGUGCUGUUCAGUCUUGAGCAAUUAUCCUACUAUUUCCCUGACAAAACCAUGUGGCAAAGCUUCGUAUGCGCCAUGACAGCCGCCGUCGUGUUGCAAGCUUUCGACCCUUUCAGGUCCGGUAAGCUUGUACUGUACCAAGUCAAGUUUAGUACGGGCUGGCAUGGCUUUGAAGUAAUACCCUUUGCCUUACUUGGCAUUCUAGGUGGUAUUUACGGUGGACUCUUUAUCAAAGCUAAUAUGCGCGUAGCGCAAUGGAAGAAGUCAGCUUCCUGGCUUCCAGGUCCCUUGACCCAAGUUAUCAUCGUGGCUCUCCUCACGGCCCUUAUUAACUAUCCCAAUUUCUAUAUGCGAGCGCAGUCUUCCGAACUCGUGUCCUCGCUUUUCUCCGACUGCGCCUUGGUGCUCGACGACCAAUUUGGCCUCUGCAAAAAGGGGGUUGCGACAGCUGGUACUAUCGUCUUACUGUUAUUCGCUUCCGUCCUUGGCUUCUUUCUCGCAUCCAUUACCUUCGGCCUGCAGAUCCCAGCAGGUAUCAUUCUACCGUCUAUGGCUAUCGGCGCUCUUACUGGUCGCGCAGUCGGCAUUGUCAUGGAGAUCUGGCAACACAAUCAUCCUGAUUUCUUCGCCUUUAGUACCUGCGACCCAGGUCGGCCGUGCGUGACGCCUGGUGUAUACGCUAUGAUUGGUGCAGCGGCUACCCUUGCCGGCGUCACGCGCAUGACCGUCUCCAUCGUUGUUAUUAUGUUCGAACUGACAGGCGCUUUAACAUACGUCCUCCCUAUUAUGGUCGCUGUCAUGCUUUCCAAGUGGGUUGGUGACGCCUUCUCCCGUCGCGGUAUCUACGAAUCUUGGAUCCACUUCAACGAGUACCCAUUCCUGGAUUCUGGUGAUGAGGGCGGUGGCGCUCAGCAUGUGCCCGAUGUUCCUGCUGCACAAGUUAUGACACGCGUUGAGGACCUUGUUGUUCUCACCGCUACUGGUCACACUGUCGCUAGUCUGCGUAGUGUUCUCAACUCCUGUAAUUAUCGUGGUUUUCCUGUUGUUAGCGAUCCUCGCGAUGCUAUUCUUUUGGGAUAUAUAAGUCGGGCUGAAUUAGCGUAUAACUUGGAAGUUAGCGGCUUACCUCCCGAGGCCGAAGCCUUUUUCUCUCACCAACCCCUCGCCGAUCCGCGCGCUACUCUCGACUUGCGCCCUUGGAUGGACCGCACUCCCUUAACAUUACCCGCCCGUGCUGGCCUCCACCUUGCUGUCGCAUACUUCCAGAAACUUGGCGUGCGCUACGUCAUGUUCUGCGAGCGCGGCGCUUUACAAGGUCUUCUAACCAAGAAAGAUUGUUGGUAUGUCCUUAAUGGCGCAGAAGAGGCGCGUGGGGGCGGAGGGCGACCUGUUGUCGGUAUGGCUGGACAAGGGUUCCGCGGGGAUGAAGAUGAUGCGGACGAUGGCCAGGAAACCGGUGUUACUGACGAGCGUGGCGGUUUACUCAGCUCUGGUGAUGAGGGUGUCCUAGCGGAAUCCCCGGCUGACGACCGGAGAAGUGGGAUAUUGUAAUUUUUUUUUGGAGCCUGGUGUGGAAUUUUAGAUAUUUAGAUAUGGAUGUACGUGUAGCAUGGCGCGUGGUAUAGGCGUCUUGAGAUUCCCUAUUAAUACGAAAGAUUUAGACAA